UGCUACACUCUAAAAGAUGCACUACUACCGGUAUCCUUCUGCCGAAAUCAGCUGUUGGUACAAAUAUCUCCUCUUCAGCUACAACAUCAUCUUCUGGUUAGCUGGUGUUGCAUUUCUUGGAGCUGGUCUUUGGGCAUGGAGUGAAAAGGGCGUGCUGUCUGACCUGUCGAAAAUGACCCGCCUCCAUGGCUUUGAUCCUGUGUUCCUUAUCCUGUUUGUUGGAGGGGUGAUGUUCAUCCUGGGCUUUGCUGGUUGCGUGGGAGCACUGCGGGAAAAUAUUUGCCUUUUGAAAUUUUUCUGUGGCACAAUUGUGCUCAUUUUCAUUCUGGAGUUGGCCCUGGCUGUGCUGGCUUUCUUGUUCCAGGACUGGGUGAAAGCCCAGGUGGAGACGUUCUUCAACAACAAUAUUAAGGCUUACAGAGAUGACAUUGACUUGCAGAAUCUCAUAGAUUCAUUGCAGAAAAUGAACCAAUGUUGUGGUGCUCAGAGUCCAAACGACUGGAACCUUAACAUUUAUUUCAACUGCAGUAGUACAAGCAAAAGUCGUGAAAGGUGUGGGGUCCCCUUUUCAUGCUGUGUCCAAGACCCUGCUCAAAAUGUGGUGAAUACCCAGUGUGGCUAUGAUGUCAGAAAUAUGUCUUCAUCACUUUGGGGGGAACGAAUCUUCACAAGGGGCUGCAUCACUGCCCUGGAAGCCUGGCUGCCCAGAAAUAUUUAUAUCGUUGCAGGAGUCUUUGUUGCAAUUUCAUUAUUGCAGAUAUUUGGGAUUUUCCUGGCUAAGACACUGAUUUCUGAUAUUGAUGCAGUGAAGUCUGGCUUCUACUUCCCAAGAUAAAGACUAUCUGCAAAGACCAAUCAAUGUUCACUGUUUGUACCAUGACUGUAAAGAGAAAGGAAAAGAAACUUGAGGCUUAGGAAUGCAUCUAGAGCUUCAAGGCAUUAUACGUCCUUGGUUAAAAUGCUCGAUGGUAUCCUGCUCUUCUUUCUGUCCAUUUGUGAAUUGUUUUGCAGAAUUGUUUUCUUUGAAGGAGAUGCAUUUAUCCACAGCCCUCUGCAUGCUGGUGGGUGAAGACCAGAGUGUGCAACAGCGGCCUACUGAUUUCUGUCUCAGGACUACUGUCUUCAUUCUGUUUCCUCCCUCCCUCCCUCCCUCC